AUGCACUCCAAAUUUGUCGCCAUAGUGGGCCUGUGUGUCGCUGCUUCUAUUCUGCAUGCGACUGACGCUGCUAAUAGAAUGCCCCCACGUCGUCAACUCGGGUCUUACAAGGACUACGGCCACAGCCAGCACAAGCACGACCACGACCGCAAGAAACACCACCACCACGACAAGAAGGACCACCCGCACUACUACCGUCGUCGCCUGGACGGUAAGGACGCCAAGGCUACCGAUUAUAAGGACACCAAGGCUACCGAGUCUUCGGACUACAGCUACGGCAAAGGCGAUUAUGGUCACGGGCACGACCACCACGGCUAUGGCCAUGAUGACUAUGGUCACGAUGACUGUGGCCGCGAUAGCUACGGCCACGAUGAUUAUAAGCACAGUGACUACACGCACAAAGGCUACGGAUACGGUAGCGGCGACGACUACGAGGGCUAUGGUAGCGGCUACAGCUACAGCUAUAAGAACUAUGGAGGCGACUCCGACGACUACUACGGUCACGGCAACGACUACUACCCUGAUUACUACUCGUCAUAUGGUGGUGGCAACGGCUACGGCUACUACCCCGACUACUAUUCGUCGUACAAUGGUGGGUAUGGCAAUGGAAAUGGAUACUACCCGGACUACUACUCUUCCUACGGCUACCCCAGUUACGGCGGCUACGGCUACUCCAACUACGGGUACCCGGGCUACUUUGGUUAUGAGUCGGCCACAGCAAGUGUCGGUGCCUGCGACUGCGAAUGGUCAGAAGGAGUCUGCGACUGUGUCUACGGACGCUGCCGACGUCAAGUCGGUCAAGAAGGAGAGCAAGACGGAGUCAAAGGCGUCGAAGGAGACCAAGUCGGACGCCACCGACAAGUCGAAGGACAAGUAAAAUCAAGCUGA